UAGGCUUGUUUUAGGGUUAACUUGCCUUAAAAUCGGGCUACUUUGAAAUUGAUAGAAAAGAAUGUGCAUAUUUGGCUAAAUCCUCUUAUUUUAUAUAGAUAUAGGCGAUAGUAUUUGGAACAACUUUGCCAUACAUCCUUUUUUCCUAGUAUUAAGCGAGUGUAGCAAUUACAGAAAAGCGAAAUGAUAUAAAAUACUAUGACUCUGUAAGAAUGAUACAAAGUGUAUGUACAUAAUAGACGUUUUAAAAACUUCACUGUGAUAGUUGACAUAAACCCUCAAAAAAUAUACAUGAAUUUGUAAGGUUUUUGUAAAGUAAAGAAAAUGGGAAAAGGAAGUGACCGCAGAUGUAAAACUGCAAAAGUUUAUUUCCGUUGUACUCCAACAGUCGAUACAUCAUGGGAGUACGUAAAAAUCCUCGACAACAAAAAAACCAUGUACGUUAGAUGCUUGCAAGAUUUUUUACCUGGAAACGAUAACAUCAUCCCUAACUAUUGGUGUUUUGAAACCGAUGGAGUCUUUUAUAACGAUUCUCAACGCGAUAUAUUCAACCUUAUAAUGCCAGAUGUGUUGCACAGUUUUUUAGAGGGCUCAAACGCGGCUGUUAUAGCUUAUGGUGCUACAGGAACAGGAAAAAGUUUAACCAUGAGUGGAAUCAAUAAUUCAUUUGAAGACAGAGGGUUAAUUUCAAGAUCUAUCGAAUUUUUAUUGGCUUUGCGUGAAGAGUACAAAACAAAAAUGAAAAUUUCAUUUACUUUAUCAUUUGUUGAAGCGACUAACACGCAUAUUUAUGAUUUGUUGGACGAAAACCUUGCUGUGUAUCAUACACAAUCUAUGCACCAUAUAUCAAAAAAACCUAUUAACGAUAUGGAGAGUGUAUUCCUCGAAAUAUUUAAAGGAGAAGGGAGAAAGUCAAACGUUCAAAAAUCUCUUUAUGACUCACAUUCAUCCCAUAGUGUUUUAACGAUUACAGCAACGUGUAGAUUAACUGAUGAAGCAAAACUUUUAGAAGUUGUGUCAAAACUACAUUUUGUGGAUUUAGCUGGAGUCGACACAGUGGGCAACCAAAGUUGUUUUUAUAAGAAUGUUAUUGAAAUAGGUAUGGCAAAUGUUACAAAAACGCAAAUCGAACAAUUCGUUCUCGCCCUCAUUACAAAUAUCACGGAAAAUAUCUUAGUAAAACAAAAAUUAAACAUUCUUAUACAAUAUCUUGGAAAAGCUUUGAGUCAAUCCAGUCAAAUGAGGUUAAUUGGCCAUAUUCGAACCGGAAGAAACGAUUUGACAAUGACCCUUUCCAUGUUACGAUUAAGUAACAUUAUACGAGGAGUAAAAGGUAAAAGAGCCGAACACAACGCAAAAGAAACUGACGAGGGAAAAAUUAAUCAUCUACAGGAAACUGUAAACACGAUGCGUCAAGAACUAGAAGUUCAAUCGAUGAUUUUAAAUAACACUUUGGAUAAAAACUUAACUCGCGAUCGAAUCAAGCAUUUACAAGAAUUAGCCGAAAAUUAUUUAUCCGAUAAGAUAAGCGAAUUGGUGGUGGUUAGUUUUAGCGACAUCAGUACCAUUCUUCAAAUUUUUAAAGAUCGCUUUAUAGACUUGGAAGCGAAAAAGCAAGAGGAAAUUGACGGGGCAUAUCAAAUGGCGAUGGAAAGGGCCGCGCAAUCUUUUAGAACAUCUUCUGGCAGGAUACCAACAAUGAAAUCAAAAGAUAGUGUUCGUAGUCAAUCUUCGAAAGCUAGUAAACGAUCGGUAUCUGUGAAAGGGUCUAAAGAUUCGAAAGAAAGAAGGAAAUCAAAAGAUAAAACAUCACGAAAAUCUCCAUCUUUGUCUACAAAAGAUCAGCCAUCACGACAAGGUUCAAAAACCAUUCGUAAAGGAAUUAAAAAACGAUCUAGUAUGAGUACGGAAAUGAAAGAUGCAAUGUCGGAAACCAUGGAAGAUUCAAUGCCAAGUGAUGUACCAAGUUAUGAUGAAGCUUGGAAUGAGUUUACACUUGACGAAAAAUACGGUUACCAACAACUAAUGGAACAAUUAAAUGAAAACGAAACUGUUACAAAAGACAUUAACGUUAAGUAUUUAACCGAAAUUCGAGCUCUACAGGAAAUGAGAGAAAAUUUAGAAACGAAAGAAGAAGCAUUACGUUUGGCACAAAUGGGGCGAGAAAUAGCUGGAGUUAUUACAUACGAUGACGAUGGAAACAUGAAGAUUUCCGAUGCAGAGACUGAAUGUAAAAACACGCUUAAGCUAAUGGAAGAUGAGAUUGUGCAGCAACAAGAAAAUUUGUUAUUGCUUCAAACUCAAUUAAGAUUGGAAUUGGAGAUUUGCCGGGAAACGCGUAAAUCCAUUAACGACCAAUAUGAGUUGUUUUGUGCUGAACAUUACAGCACAUUGCUUCCAAAUCUUAAAGAAAAAUCCGAAGCUCAAGAUGAAGUGGAACAAAGUGGGGAGGUGCCCGACGAAUUGCCUGAUGAUUUGAUAUCAAAAGAUUUAUCAGAAUGUUACAAUAAUUUAGUCAAAUAUGAAACGUUAAAGAGUAUUAUGCAACAAGAAAAAGUUAAAAUGAAAUUGAGGGAGGUGAGAAACAAAAAAUGGCAUAAUACCAUCAAAAUUUAA